CCAGGCUAUUUGUCAUUCUUCUCAUUCUGUAUCGUCAUUCUUGGUGGAGGAGCUGCAUUGCUCGGCCUUGCCGAGAUCCUCUUCUGGUUGUCAAAUCCAGUCGACACGACAAAUUCUGCAGAGCAUGUUCUCCCGGUUGAAAUUCCCGCUUGGGUGUUUCCACUGGCCUCAUUCGCCAGUUUCGUCUCACAUUUGGCCAUUCACUGCCACGACCGCACAUCUGCUGCAAUUUCAUGGAAGAAAGGUGUCACAACUUAUCGAUUCAUCAUGGAUCAGCGGAAGAGGAAGAGCGAAAGAGAGACGAUUUCCGGUCAACACGAAGUGAGCAUCCAACAUGUACUAAAGGAGGAGCGGCCUGCAGUAGUACUGGGAGAUUCACUUACGCCAAAAAUCGCGGACCGUUUCCACAUCGACAAACUACGUAUGCAAACUGGAGACAAUGGACCUCACUACGAUCGACGUUUCCCCUCGAAUCACUGCGACUACACAAAUCGAACUCAAUCCAACCACAACGCCCUCCUAGGGCAAAAAGCGAAUCGUAGUCCGUCAGAAGGACGUGCGAUUUCCCCUGUGAUGUUCUCCUACAAAGUGCUCAUAUUGUUUUGUGUCUUUUCUCCGUCCGAUGUGCUUUCAAUAAACGUUCCUCCUCUUUGUGAUCGCCGGCGACAGCUCACGCGCCGCCUUUUGUACGUUCGCCACGGCAAUUCAAUCACUUUACAGCCGGAUUCA